GUUAAUGGAUUUGAGCCUGUUUUACUUUACUCACUUUAUUUUAUGGAAAACAACAGGACAAAUUCAUAGUCGAGAUGCAUCUGAGCAAUACCUGAUCAAUCUUAGCAGCACACCCGCGACUUGGUGAUUGUUUCCUGUUGAACACAAACCCAUGGCGGUCAAAAUGUGGAAUACUUUACGAAGUUGUUUGACAGUAAUGCUUAUUCACCAAGGCCUAGGUGACAUCAUCAGUCUGCAAAACCAAGCAGACUACAUGAAGGAAUACCAGCCUCCAAUGUCUGCCACAGACCUGCUAAUGCUCAACCUGUGGAGGCCAAUCGGCAGUAAGCUGCACGAGGGCGACAUGCUGCUGUCAUCGGCGCAGAAGAAGCGGUACUCGCUGCAGCCGGACACAUCCUCCUCGGCACCGCUUGUCGCCAACCCGUGGCCGAGCAACACGGUCAAGUACAAGAUCGGCACACCGGGUCCGAGCAAGGAGCUGGUGGAGCACGCCAUGGCGCGCUGGUCAGGCGGCACCUGCGUCAAGUUUAAGGAGGACAAGUCCGGCACACUGGAAAUCAAGUACGGAGAGGGCUGCUACGCCCAGCUGGGCUAUACGGGCUCCCAUCAAGUGCUGGUGCUGGCGAAGGACUGUGAGAGCGAACCGGUGUUGGUCCACCUGCUGGGGCACGUGUUGGGCCUGCCGCACGCGCACUCUCGACCCGACCGUGACAAGUAUCUGUACGUGCGCGCGCACAACGGCCUCGUCGACGACUUCAUGUACCUCAACACCAAGGACUACGCUGCGUGCCCGUUCAACUACCAGUCCAUCAUGAUGUACGACACGUACGGGCUGUCGCGCAGCGGCGAGGCCGUCUUCCUCUCGUCCUUCCAGACGGACAAGGGGCUCAUGAUGUCCAGCGGCAUCGGCAUCCAGGACGCGUUUGUGCCGGACGCUGAUCUGGCGUUCGCCAAGCACGUGCUCGGCUGCAGCAAGGGCAAGGCGUCGUGCGCGGCACCACCACCGGAGCCGGAGCCCUGCGAUGUGGACGUGACCACCGACAACAGCCGUUUCCAGAAGAACGCGCUCAGCUUCAACCGCAUGGAUCGCAGUCGGCCGAACAACUGUGUCUGGCGCGUCGAGUACACCGGCAAGGAGAAGUGCGUGCGCGUCGGCUUCCUCAUCCUCUUCGAGAUGACACCCGACCCGGAGCGCCUGCUCUUCCUCUUCUCCACCGGCUGCCGCUAUUUCCAGGUGGAGGUCUUCGACCCCGUGUUCGAGGCGAGUCACUUCUACUGCGGCGCCGACUUUGUGCGCAAGCCGGACAAGGCGUUCAUGUCGGGUGGAGUGCACCCCGUGCGCGGCACCAGCAAGGCGCUGUACGCCUUCGCGCGGUUCCGCGCCACCACCGGCCCGGUCACCUGGCAGUACAAGGAGGCUACCGGUGACCUCGGCAAGACGGGCAAGGUAUACGCCUUCACCAUGGAGGACGUGUACUGCUCGGACAAGAUUUCGCCCGUCGCGCCGUGCUUCUAGCGCCGCGGUAGAGGCGGCAUGUGGGAGGGAAGCGGCCGCCGUGCCGGGGCUUGAGCCCUGAUUGGGCAUCUCCCGCGUCGCCUGCGGCCCACCGGCGACGGAAAACGCCUUCUUCGAAAAAAUGCAUGAAUCCUGCUUUGACGAAAUUAUCGAUCUCACUGGAUAGCGCUCCGUGAUCCUCAAAAGCUAAUAUAGGUAUGCAUGUCCGUAUAUAUUUCGUCUUAUAUGUGUCCAUGGUUAAAGUUUUAACUGAGCAGAACGUGUCGCGCACAUAUUUGGUAUCAGCCUGCUCAAUUCACAACCCAAAAAUUUGGUAUGCCUGAGUCCCGCGCGGGGUAGAUAUCAGGACUAAAUUAUCCGCAAUAUCAGAACAAGGGCUGAAGCUUAUAGAAGAUGUCACUCUCGUUAAAAUGCCCUAGCAUGUCGGAACAGCUUUGAAAAGCCGCAUUUUGAAUGUGGGAAGCGAAUACGCCUUAGUGGUACUUUAGUAUGGCAGGUAUUUAUGGUAGAUUGAGGAUGGAGAGAUUCCCCGAAGUGAUAACACCGAGGGCGAGAUGAAAACUUUGAAACAGUUUUUUAGCUGUUCGGGUUCGUUGGACAUGAAUGUGUCUAUUUUCAACACUCGAUUUUCCCAGCCGGAUCCAUAACAUAAAUAUAUUUGCUAUCACAGUCGCGGUAAAUGUCAAUCCCACUAAAAAUAUGAAGAGCCUAUAAGUCUCACGCCUGUCAAUAAUCCUCCUCCCAGGAUUCUGAUGCAGGCCGCGCAACGCUGCGCUGAACUCGCAGCCGCACCGCACACAAUGCAUCAAAUAGUGUCAACUUGCGGUAAUUAGUUGGAGCACUCAAUAUGCGGUGGUACUUCGAAUGAGCAAUGCUCCUGUCCAUUCUAACGCCACUUGACCCGUCCACUGUUGACCGAUCGGACAGUGACGGCGGCUUUCCCAAGCAGUCCGGCACGUCACGGACGGCCAGUAGGCUGGGCCACACCCCGAGGUAAAUCCGAUCCAUUGUACUAGAAUGCCGGUAUAAAAGAGACUUCAGAUCCCACAGAGACACACUAUAUCUGCAGAGCUCGCUUCAGCAGCAUGAUUUCUGCCAAGGUGAGCAGAUCAAAUAAAGGGCUUAGGUGUGCUGACUGCUUUUGCCUGGUUUGGUGAGCAGCUGUUUGAUGGGAUAUAUACUGUGAUCGUGUGAGUCUUUUCAGUCCGAUAGAUGAGUGUGUGAAAAUUUCGAUUUGUUCAAUACAAACAUCACCGUGCCGGCCUCCGUUAAAUGUGGAUAGCCGGCUGAGAAAGGAUAGCUCUGUGUUGGUCACAAGACUGCAGGUGUUAAACAUCGAGUCCGGACACAGA